AAACGAACAAUUUCGUUCAAGUUGGUCCUUUAUCGAAUUGAGAGCUCCUUCUUUUCUUUUUUCUUUUUCCUCAAAAUCCGUUACUAAUUACCUUCGAUCGUCAAAACCCACUGAACGGGUUUUGACACGCUCAGUUACUCAAUCCUUCCGCCAGAUGGAAAACGGGCGCCAAGCCUUUGACUUCAAAGCAGAGGACGAGUUGACUGAAUAUGUAGCUGGUAACUUCCUUUCGAAGUAUAAGAACCCUAACGAUGAUAAUUUUGGGGUUCUGAAGCAUGAUUUACUUGAAUGCGUUGCCUCAGGGACCAACAUUCAGAAACAAGGAAUUGGCAGUGUGCUUUGUGUAAAUUCUGGUGCAGUUGACUGUGAUCCUGGUUGUGACAAUCAGAAAAAUACAUAUGCAUCCAUGGAUGCAGAUAGAGAGGAUAGUGUUGUUAGAGCUACUCAAGUGAAUUCUACAAGUUCUGAACAAAUCCCUUGUUUGAGAAAGGAUAAUUGUGGGACUGAAAAUUUCUUUUGUGAGCCGGACUCUAGAGAUUUGUGCCAUCAGGAGCCUUUACCUGGGAAAAACCAUUUCGAUUGCAGCUAUUCAGAUUUUCCAUCAAAUAAUGAACCAGUAGCUGUGAAUUCUGAUGUUGAUGGAAGUAUGGAUGAGGGUUCUCCUUUGAGUCCUAUUUCUGAUACUAUGGAAGACUAUGUUUGCUGCAUAAUUUCAGCGUCUUUGAAAGGUCAUGUAUCAGAUCAUUGCUUUGACAAUAUGGAAAUGGAUGACAUAGACAUGACAGUGGUUAUAUGUCCUGAUUAUGUUGUGUAUCGGGAUGAUCUUUGUUCGGGGUCACUAAUAACUUUCUCUUGCUCUGGUAUUACAAUCAAGGAUUCAACUACAUGGGGUAGUCAAGGAAAUUUUAGUUGGGGAAUUGAUGAUAUUGUAGAUAUUGAAUGUCAUUGGUUUCAAAAGGUUGCAUCUGUUGCGGUUAAGCUUCACCUACUAUCAAAGAAUUCAAUCCAAGAUGAUGAUUCAAAGCAUGCUUCAGGCAUUGAGGAAAUGAGGUUUGCAGUUAUUGAGCCAAACUGGUCUGAGAAACAGGAAAAAAUCACCUCAUUAAACGAUAAAUACAAGGCUAUAUGGAAUGUUGUGCUUGAUGGUCUCAUGGAAAUGAAUGGAAAUGAUGUGUUUGAACGGAGGCAAUAUUUUCCCAACUUUGAUGAGCCUUUUGAAGAUGUAAUCUAUCCAAAAGGGGAUUCAGAUGCAGUUUCAAUUAGCAAGCGAGAUGUUGAUCUCUUACAACCAGAAACAUUUAUCAAUGAUACACUCAUUGACUUUUAUAUCAAGUAUAUAAAGAAUCAGAUUCAAGCUGAGGAAAUGCAUAGAUUUCAUUUUUUUAACAGCUUUUUCUUUCGAAAGCUUGCGGAUUUAGACAAAGAUCCGUCCAGUAUUUCUGAUGGCAGGGCUGCUUUUCUACGUGUUCAUAAGUGGACAAGAAAAGUGGACAUGUUUGGAAAAGAUUACAUUUUCAUUCCUGUGAACUUCAACUUACACUGGAGUUUAAUAAUCAUUUGUCAUCUUGGUGAAGUGGCUGCUUAUAGGGAUGAUGACCUGUACAAAUCAGAGAAGGUACCUUGUAUUUUGCAUAUGGAUUCUAUCAAAGGAACUCAUGCAGGUCUCAAAAAUCUUGUUCAAAGUUACCUGUGGGAGGAAUGGAAAGUGAGACACAAGGACACUUCAGAAGAUAUAUCUUCAAAAUUCUUGAAUAUGCGGUUUGUCUCACUUGAGCUGCCACAGCAAGAAAAUUCAUUUGAUUGUGGCCUGUUCUUGCUCCAUUAUCUUGAGCUCUUUCUUGCUGAAGCACCUGUUAAUUUCAGCCCAUUCAAACUGACCAAGUUUUCUAACUUUCUUAAUGUUGAUUGGUUUCCACCCUCCGAGGCUUCUCUUAAACGAACUCUUGUACAGAAAUUGAUAUUUGAACUUCUUGAAAAUCGUUCUCGGGAAGGCACAUCAGCUGUCUGUCAUAAUGAACACCAAUCCUCUACAUUUCACAAAAACAGUGAGAAUGAAACAGUCACAGAUUUUCUAUCGGAAAGAUGUGGUUCCUUGAUAACUCAACGUGGAAAUUUAUCAAAUUCACGGGCUAGCUGCGGCAUUGAAAUCAAUGUAUUAGGAGCAACUUCUGCAAGGAAAUUGCAGUGUGUUAAUGAUUCUGGCUUGUUUCUCAGGGAGUUUUUUGAGCCAGCAGCUACUGCAGGAGCAUUACUCGAACAGUAUCAAUCUUUUGGUCAGCCACCGUCGUAUUUCCAUCUCAAUGGUGCUAUAUCAAAAAGGGAGCAGGAUGAGGUAGAGACAGAUGAGGAUUUUGGAUAUUUGUCUUCUGGGGGAAAUGGUUUCCAGCAAAUAACUGAACUCACAGCUCAAGCUAGCACCAUUCCAUAUCCAUCUAGAGGUUGUGGAACAGAGGUUUCUUGGAACCAGGAAAUCCCCAUGCAAGGUGAGCAAGGUAUUGACUCAUCCACAGAAACAUCUUUGUGUGCUUCCGAUGAUUCAGAAGAUGUGGGGAUAAUCGAACAUAAUCCACUUCCAGAAGAUGCCAGUCAAAGUCUUAUAGAACAAACAGAUCAAAACAGAUCCAUAUCUCUGGAGAAUGUUGGUUAUUUGACAGGAGGCUUGGCAUCUGUCUCUAGCGAAGUGCUGCAGAUGUCUAACACUGACGCUUCUCAAGAAGCUGAUAAAAUACACGACUAUGUGUUAAAUGUAGGCCCUCCCUCCCAACAAGAAAAUCUGACUGCAUCAGUGCUUGAGGACCCUAACUCAGUUGAAAACACUUUGCAUCAAGACUCUGUAAUUGAUGAAAACAGAGAAUUUGCAAAUGAUGAAGUGCAAGUUAUUGAUGAUGAUAUUAUGGCAGUUCCAUAUGAACAGCAACCUGCAAAGAGGCCACGGCUUUCCACUAUCGAACGGGAAGGAGGACUCACUGGAAGCUUGUCGAAGGAUCUCCAUUUGUGACACUCGUAGAUUGCAUUCUUCUCUGACCUCUUUCCUUAACACAAGAUAUUCAUGUGAAUAGUGCUGGUGGCGCUGUUGAUUGUAUUACUACAGAAUGAGCUAGUAGGGAGAUUACGCAGAGCAGUUUUUUCUUGUAGUUAACGUAAAAUCAUUUAACUUCUAUCAAUGUAAGUAAAUAUAAUUAUAGAAAUUUUAGAUAUGCCGUUGGUGUUCAACCGAAGGUCUAAUUAGUAGAUUGUAUUUUACAGCUGUGGAGGAACUUUUGGGCUUUUGCCUGGAUAUGUGGUGCGCUUGCUGUCAAUGAUUUUACUACCUCUGACAUUGUUGAUUCCAAUUGUAAUUACUAUCAUAUUUAGACCUAAUUUCAGAUUACAAUUUGUUGAGCCA